GAGUAAGAUCAUAAAACUCUUGAUAACAGAAAUGUAUGUUCUGGGAAGACUUGAAGGUCAGCUACUGCUCAUAUUAUACAGACUGAAAUCACAGUAUAAAACAUGCAUUACAAUUUCUAAUUGGAUCAAUUAAUGCUUAUGGUGUUUGAGUCUGUUUGAAUAGGUGGUGGACUAACUCCCUGCUGCUACCCAUUUACACGUGUUUCUAUUUAAACAACACAUAACAAACUCCACCACAUGUUUGUCUUGCAAAGGCCUUUGAUUUUCAUUGCACAGUACUGGAAGCAGGCUAUUUAAAUUUAGCCUCUGAAUGUCCUCCAGGCACUUGGUAAUAUCAUUUAACAAUAUGUGACGACUAGGAUUCCAAUCCAGAAAUACAUCACACUCACACAGAGCAGCGCUGCCUUUAUCACUGAGGUACUGAGAAAGGAAAAACACAUUUACUGAACAGCUGGAAAGGUGAUGUUUCUGUACAGACAAGCAGGAAGUGAGAUAGUUUGAUCAGGAUAUCAACAAGCGUCUCAGUUAAAUAUUAGCAAUCAGAAUCAGCUGUCAUGCAUAAUCUUUUUAUUUACUAUAUUGAGAAAGCUAUCAUCAGCCUGAAGGUUGUGAAAGAGCUCUUUUAUUUAACCUUCGGGACGUUCUUCUAUGUUUUUGAGGCCUUUGCGCGGCUGUUGGUCCAUCCACCCAGAAAGGAUGUUGAAGGAGAGAUCGUCCUGGUUACUGGUGCUGCUCAGGGUAUUGGAAAGCUUAUAGCAGAGAAGUUUGGCGUACUCGGGGCCACCCUGGUGCUUUGGGAUAAUAACUUGGAAGCCAUUGAACAAACAACAAAAGAGCUAAGACGCAGUUUGGAUGUCAGGGUCUAUGCCUAUGUGUGUGAUUGCAGCAGACGGACAGAGGUUUAUAAAGUUGCAGAAAUGGUGAAGAGGGAAGUAGGUGAUGUGUCCAUACUGGUGAACAAUGCCGGAGUGGUAACAGGAAAGUACAAUUUUACAGAUGCCCCAGACAAUUUGGUGGACAGAACUUUAAGGGUUAAUGCAGCAGCACAUUUUUGGACCUACAAGGCUUUUUUACCUACCAUGAUGGCCCGUAAUCACGGCCACCUUGUGUGUAUUGCUUGCCAUGGAGGACUGUUUGCAAUGAAUGGUUUAGCAGAUUACUGUGCAAGCAAGUUUGCUGCUGUGGGUUUUGCUGAAUCCAUAGCUUUGGAACUUCUUGUUCUUGGAAAGGAAGGAGUUAAAACCACUAUUGCAUGCCCCUACUUGAUCAACACUACCAUGUUUGCAGGCUGCCAGACAAAGUGGCCUUCAUUUCUGCCUAUCAUGGAUCAGCAUGAUGCUGCAGAGAAGAUAGUGGACGCCAUCUUAAGAGAGAAGCUCUAUACGCUUCUGCCGUUUAGCUUAUACUUUCUGAUGGCCUUAAAAAGUGUCAUGCCGACCAAACUUGGAAUUAUUUUUGUAAACUUUCUGGGAGGCUUGGACCUCAUGGACCAGUUCAGUGCUGUGACGCUAUCACCUGCAGCCAGCUACAAGAAAACCCAGGAACCAGCCCAGCUUCCCAAAGAACAAACAAAUCUCAAACAAACAGCAGGAAAUAUCUCAGAGUACAAUUCAAAUGAGAGUGACCGGGUAUAGACGGGUAGAUGUACGGGAUGCAAUUUUCUGUUGCAAUGUGUUUGUUCUGUUACAAUACUUUGAGAAAAAUGAAUUAAACUAUACAUGGAAAGCCAUAUUUUCAUACAGAGAGUGAAAUUCAAGAAAUCUUCAUGUACUGAUAAACAGCUGCAUUUUCGAAAGACAAAGAACUAAAUCAAGAAUCAUAAGCCAGAUAAUCAGAAGUUCUCAAACUCGCAAAUUUGUUUUCAGGAGGGAUCACAACACCAUCAGACCACAAUGCAGCAAGGUAUUUUAUAUGUAUUAAUUAACAUUAAUUUUGAAACUCUGUCAGAUUAAGAAUACUACAGUGUGUCUUUUUGCUUUAUUAUUCCAGUUCAUUCACUACAAAAUCUAGAUGAGAUAUUGCUGUACCAGGAAGGCAAUAGAAGUUUCACCCAUUUCAGGUUUUAAUACAAGCUUGAUAAGCCACAGUCUGUAUGUAACAAGAUAAGGUGUGUCUUUUUAAACUUCUUGUAAAACCAGGAGCAGAUCAGACUGCUGUUCAGUGGGAAUCUUAUUUCCAUCCUUGUUCUAAUGCAUUUGUAAAUGGCCAGUUCAGACACUUUAAAGGUGGCCCCAGUUAGUUUGAGAACCACUGUUUAAAAUGUAUGAACUAACUGUUUCCGAGGAGGUAUGGCUUAUCCCCAAGUCUUGCUCUAAAGUUACAAAAUCUAUGUAAAAAUCAUGCUUUUGUAGCUUGAAUCUACUCAUUAACUUCUAAUUGAGUUAACACUUGUCAAGAUUUGUGCCUUCUUUUGGAAAUCGUGUGUUUUCAUGUUAGAUUUCAAAAUGUCAGAUUGUUCAAUUUGUGUCAGUUUUUCGUUAAGUAUAUGGAAAACUUCAACGCGUUAUGUAAUUGAAUAUGUUAACAUAACAUUAUUUUUUUUUGUUAUAUUUAGAGAUUCAAAUAUUAAACUACAAUAACCAAAAACUA